CAGCGACGUGCAGAAAUCUUGAUUCAUGGUUAAUUUGGAAAGGGAUCUUGACUGACAGUGAAACUGUUUGUUGGCAAGUACGAUUUGAUGAAAAAUACUUGAACACAAUUGGUGAUCGACCCGUGCUUAAAAGAGUCUCUAAAGAAUACAUUGAUAUUUGACAGGAUCUAUUCCAUAAUUAAUCAUUUUCUGACCUGAAGUGUCAUGUGACAAGCCUUUAUUGAUGUAUAACUCUAAUCUGAAACUGCAUUCAAAAUGACCAAUGGGAUGGAGGUGUCCCAUGAUCCGUGUACAGAUGCAGGGAAUUGGAGUGAGCUGCCAGAGGUUUCCCUCAGGCAGGUGUUCCGGUGGCUUGGAGACCAGGACCGAGUGCGGGCGGCACUGGUGUGUAAAUGCUGGAACCAUGUGAUGCAUUCGCCAGCUCUCUGGCGGUCCAGGACGUUCACCUUCUGCGGAAGACCGUCCAAGUACCGGCGUGCCGAGUACGAGUCUGCCAUCUGGUACGCCAAGAAGUUUGGCAGAUACCUGGUCAACUGCGAGAUCAAAUUCAUGAACCCGUACAAUUCCCUCCUGACUCGGAGAUUCCAGAUUACAAUGAGGAGCUUCUUGGCGCGACUGGGGAAUGAGAACAACAGGUUAAAGUCUUUCACCAUCCAACACCUGGAGUUGGACCGCCUUGUGUGGAGCUCAUCUGUCAGGAAUGCCUUCCUCAAGAGCCUGAACUUCUUCCUUCGUCGCGAGUGCAGACAUCUACAGUCGUUCAACCUGAGAGGAGCUCGGCUAGGCAUGGAGCAAGGCUUUUCCAUCCUGAACUCACUGAUCCACCAGAGGAACAGAAGCUCCAUUUCCGAGCUGAACAUCGAGGACUUCUUCAGCCACCACCUGGCCAUCUACACCAAUCCCACCUUCCCCAAAAUCCUUCGCAGCUUCUGCGAACUUACCAGCAUCUCGAUCAAUUAUAAUUGUAUCUCAGAUGACCUCCUGGACACCUUGUGUGAAAGCUGCUACCAGACUCUCAGGACGAUGAAUAUUAAAUGCCACAUCCAUGACCCUCACAACCAGGUUGUGUGGGGCCUCUCCUGGUCCAAACUUGCCAAACGUGCCACCAGCCUGAAAGUGAACUUCUACUUUGAGCUUGUGAUGAAGAAUGAUCGGCUGACUCGGAUAUUGGUGCCAGAGAUCCCAGUGAGGAGCUUAAAUUUCAGGAGCUGCUACUUCAGUGACCCUGACUGGACCAUGAAGCCCACACUGUCUGAACUAAUCCCACACUACAGGAGUACACUACAGAAAUUGACAUUGGAAUUUAAUAAUAGUCAUGAACGAAUUGAUGAUGAGUUAUUGCAGCUGGUGCUAACGUGUGAACGUCUACACUACAUGAAGAUCUGGGCGUUUCUCAGCAUUAAAUUUAUUGAGACAAUUCUACAGUAUCGUCUGGAAGGAAAAUCCAACUUCCGCACUCUUAAGGUGAGAAUUUACAUGCACAAGUACGAAACAAAUGAAGAAGAUAAGCUACUUCGCAACGUGUACAUGAAGUACAGGGAUCUAAUCGACACAGAACUCAAUUAUUUUGUGAUUACUUACCCCUUGAUGUAAGGACAGCUCUACUGAAUGGACAGCCCAACUAUAAUACAUUUAACCAGUUACAGGACCAAUAAAUGUAUUUGUCAGCCAGUCAAAUAAAACCUUCGGAAGCUAUAAUGUUAUUAGACAUAAGCAAUGUAAAGGAAGAACUGGAAAUCACUUUGUACCAUUGCCAAUAAUUAAUAUGCAGUGCAGUCUAUCCAAAUCCUUAUUAAUGACAUUGGGCAGUUGGAUGGAGUUUAAAGGAGGAAGUACUAAUGGCAUUGAAUGCACAUGUUGUGAUAUGUAACGGGGCUCGGGUAGCUUGUG